GGAAAAGAGGAGAAGAGAAGGGGGUUUACUCUGUACAGGACAAAUGCCAGCAUUACAAAUGAAGACCAAACCUAACAUGAGUUGUUUAACAGAAGGCCACGGUCUCCGGGUAAGCAAUAAAUCAUGUAAGAUAUCCAAAAACUCAUCUCUGCAAGUCAGAAUAUCUCAACAAGAAGCAGAGUUGGACACUUCUCUUCAAAAUUCUCAGGAUGUGUCUUCCAACAUCGAAGUAUCUCAACAAGAUAUGGGACAUGACAAAGUUUUCGAUGACUCAAAAUUGGGGGAUGGAGGACCCCUUCAAUUUCAAGUGUCACCAUUGUCUUCAGUUGAUUCUGCAGCUGUUUCAAGAACGGAUUUAACAUCAACCUUGUGCAAUCCAGACUUAGAAACAAUCUUCUCACCUUCUUUGGAGUCACCCACCUUCCCUUCAAACUUGGAAACAAUUUUCUCACCUGGUUUGGAGCCCAAUGAUGUUCAGAGUAUACCAGAAGUUCAAAACUAUGCAGUCGGGAGUGAUGAAGUACCUGAUGUGCCACAUUUGAUUGCUGAUGAAAGUGAUGAUGGUAGCAGUAGCUCAAGUGACUAUCAAACAUGCAAUGUAUCAGAUUUCUUUAUAUCUGACAUGAGUCUUGCUGGUUUAUCUUUCAAUGGAGACAUAGGAUUUGAUGAUGUUACAGAGGCCAAUUCCUCUCUUGGUUACAACUGUACUGAAUCUAAUAUGAUGUCUGAUAUGGCUGAGAGAUACAUGAUAGUGCCUUUCCUAGAGGAAACUGCUGGACCAAGCAACGCACCGGACGGUAAGGUGUGUGAAGAGGUGGUGACAAAUUCUGAUGAUUCAUGUUUGUAUCUGGCAAUCCAUCAGAUGAAAUCCUGUGACCAGGAGCCUGAUGUUAACUCUCACUAUGUUGACUUGGAUGAAGGGGACUCUUUUGAGCCACAUUUGUUUACCAAAAAUUUACAUGACCUAUCUGAUGUGGUUACAUCAUUUAGGCCUAUGUUGUUGCCAAAGGAAACAAGAAAAAGGAAGUCAGUCACCCUAGUACUUGAUUUGGAUGAAACACUCGUCCACUCAACCUUGGAACAGUGUGAUGAUGCAGACUUCACCUUUCAGGUUUUCUUCAACAUGAAAGAGCACACUGUUUAUGUGCGACAAAGGCCUUAUCUCCAGACAUUCUUGGAGAGAGUUGCAGAGAUGUUUGAAGUUGUUGUCUUCACUGCCAGUCUAAGUACCUAUGCUGAAGAGCUUCUGAAUAUACUGGAUCCGGAAGGAAAGCUUAUCUCAAGACGCGCUUAUCGUGAAUCAUGCAUCUUUUCAGAUGGUAGCUACACCAAAGACUUGACAGUUUUAGGAGUUGAUCUGGCAAAAGUUGCCAUAAUUGACAACUCUCCUCAGGUUUUCCGGUUGCAAGUGAAUAAUGGGAUCCCUAUUAAGAGUUGGUUUGAUGACCCAUCUGACUGUGCACUAAUUUCAUUACUUCCCUUCUUAGAGACACUGGUUGAUGCUGAUGAUGUCCGUCCUAUCAUUGCAAAGAGAUUCGGUAAUAAGGAGUAGCACAGCCCUCUGUUCUCUUCCUCGUUAGCUUGAAUUUAACAUUCCUGUGUCCCUUUUCUCUCCUGAAGCAACAGUUCGAUACACCAAUAUCUUAAACCCUCACUUCUCUUUGAAUUCUGAGAUUAAUUAAUUAUACCUCACGUAUAGUUUGUUGAGUUGACCUGCGGUAUUUUUCCCCCUUACUUUCUUCCCUACUCAGAAAAGUCUCUCCGAAAAGCUGUACCUAUGUCGUGUCUAGAUCUAGUUGCCUAGAAUUUCUUUUUAUUUUUCACUGUGCAGAAAAAGGUGCAGAUAUUUCCAUACAGGUGUGUAUAUGACUGAUUUUACAAUGAAUAAAGCUGUCGUGGAUUGGUUUGCUU